UUUUGUUUGGUUAUUCUCAAAAGAUUGUUAAGAGAGUUGUCGAGGUUAAUGAGAAAAUUAUGAAAAAGCGCUUGCCUUCGUUCGUGAUUUUGACAACAAUUUUAGUUCAACUCCUCGACAAGACGAUUUUAAGGAGCAUGAUAUAUGUCAACAGAAUUAUUGAACAAGCUCUCGAUACCUACAAAAAGAAGAGAAAUCAAAAAAUGGAGGUUGAACCAAAAUUAGCCGCUAUAAUUGAUCGCAUUUUUCAACAAAACCUUGAACGUCGCGAUUUUAAUUCUGUGAUUUGUUUGGCUUUUGAUACUCGACGAAUUGAUAUGGUGGAGGCUGCAAUCAAAUCAAACGAGGCGGAAAAAACACCUGUAAUGAUUGAAACGCUCAAUAAAGUUUGGGAAUCACAAUUGGAUAUUGAGUUUAGAACUUUGGUGCUUGAUUUGAUUUUCCAUACGCUGGAUGCUGAUUUGCAAAUUGAAAAGAAGGGUUCGCAGAAUUUUGCUUUGAAAGUGCUUUCGAUAUGUCAGGGACAUGAACGCGAAGCUCGAAAGAUCCUCGAUCCAUAUUUGCCCCGAGGAUAUGUUGAUCCAUAUGGCUUUAAAGGUGGAGCUCUUUGUGUAUAUGGUUUGUUUUUAUUUCUUAACCCAUUUGUAACGGUUCAAGCGUGGCAUCCCACACUUUUGGCACGCCGAGUCCACCCAUUAAAAAAGAAAUCUUUUUAGAUAUUUAUUUUUUCAGCGAGGAUGAAAUUCAACGUGACCGUGUUUCGGCUAACAAUAAGAAUCAACUUGAGUCUUACUGCUUUAACAUCAAGCAAACAAUGGAGGAUGAUAAGAUGUGUGCUUCAACAACAAAUACUCCUUGUACAUGUGUGGCUGGCGGCUCUGAAACAUCAACAGGUACACCGAGACUUAUUUUUGCAAGAAGUGUUAAAAAUGAGCAAUGGAUUGCAACAAAUUGCUGAUGAGUUAC